AUGUCCAUCUCCCAUUUGUGCGACAAAUACUCAGCCAAUACAACGUUCAAGAUAAUCAGAUCCGACUUGGUGAAUCUGCGAACGCAUUUAAAUAUUCUUUCGAUGGAAGUAAAGAACGUAAUGGAAACGCGAGACGAUUUAAAGAGUAAGUUGAAAGAGAUUGGAUUCGUGAUUCCAAAAAUGUCUGAAGCCAUUCUGUAUUUAAGAAACGAAGUAUCCGAGGGUAAAAAAGAUAUGAUGUAGCACAAGAAGGCGUUGUUGAAGGCUAUGUCCCCGGAAGCCAUUCGAGAAUUGGUACAAAACGAAUUGCAGACGUAUGAUGCUGAUAAAACAGGAAGAACGGAUUAUGCACUUGGAAAUUCAGGUGGUGCGAUACUCUCAACGAGACAAACCGAAACGUAUUCAGCUGGUGCACCAGUGUUGAAACUUUUUGGAAUACCGAUUUGCCAGCAACAAAAUACACCGCAUGCUAUACUCCAGGCUGGUGUCCUUCCGGGUGAAUGUUGGGCAUUUAAAGGCAGCAGUGGAAGUGUUGUUAUACAAUUACUUGGUUUUGUAUGUGUGUCUGGUGUAAGUUUGGAACAUAUUCCACAGUCGAUAUCUCCGACGGGGGAAACGAGCACCGCUCCAAAAAAAUUUUCUAUUUUGGGCUUAACAAGCGUGGACGAUGAAAAACCAUUUCUUUUUGGUGAAUUCAUGUAUGAUAAUACUGGUCCUCCCAUACAAUAUUUUGAAGUUCAGGUAUAG